UAUCUCAGAACUUUUCCUCAGAUCAGACGACAGAAAACAUGAUGACGUCACGUAGCUGGUGGGACAUCCGGGACCUCUAUCCUCGCCUAGGUCAUGUGACCCAAAAUGGUGGACAGAUUGGUGCACAGCGAGGCGAAUGCCAGGAGAAUAGCCCAGGUGGAGACCUGCUUCGGCAGCUCUGGGCAGCCCCUUACAGGACCAGGCAGAGUGCUGGUAGGGGAGGGGGUACUCACCAAGCUAUGCAGGAAAAAGCCCAAACCACGGCAGUUCUUCCUAUUCAAUGACAUCCUAGUCUAUGGCAACAUCGUCAUCAACAAGAAAAAGUACAACAAGCAGCACAUUAUCCCACUGGAAAACAUCAAGCUUCAGUCACUGGAAGACAACGGUGACACUGGCAGGAGGUUUUACCAGCCAGUGUUCAGGUCCAGGCCACGAGAGCUAAGGAAUGGUUGGCUCAUUAUUAGCCCAACAAAGUCCUUUGCAGUCUACGCUGCCACAGCGACAGAGAAGUCUGAAUGGAUGGCUCACAUCAACAAGUGUAUACAGGACCUACUGGCAAAAGGUGACAAAAGGCCAAUGCAGGAACAUGCAGCUGUUUGGGUCCCUGAUUCUGAAGCUAACGUUUGUCAACAUUGCAACAGGACGAAGUUCACCCCUAUACAGAGGAGGCACCACUGUAGGAACUGUGGGCGCGUUGUGUGCGGAGCCUGCUCCAGUAAGAAGUACCUGCUGCCCCACAUGUCAUCCAAGCCCCUGAGGGUGUGUCUGACGUGCUACGACAACCUGUCCAAGGGCAGGAUGCAGCCCGAGAAUGCCGGCAAGCAGCCCGCCAUGCCCGUCAUGCUGAACGAUGACUCCUCAGACGACAGUGAUGACGAUUCAGGAACUGACAACACGGAUGUGGGGCCCUCCUUCUACGAUGGUUCCCAGCCCAGAUGAGUGAGUAAGGACCGGGGGGUUUCCUACACAACUGUACAUCACAUCUAGUCACAGCAUUUUCUACCAGCCUUCAGCAUGCAACUUACAACCAGUCAAAACAAACAACACUGUCUCUAAAUCCCUGUCACACAGUCUUAGUCUAUUGUCAGAAAGUUGCCUAAUUAAAAAGGUCGUCAGAGCAUAUUUUUUUCACCCGAAAAUCUAUCCCGUCACAUUGGCUAGGGACCCACAAACAUUGGCCAGUUUCGCGAAGUUGUGUGAACACAGAGCGUAUUGCUGAAAAAAGUGUCAUUUCAAGCUUGUUGGCUGAACUAAUUUUUUGCUGCGUGACAAGGUUUUAUGGUAGACAGAGUAUGUUUAUUGACUGGGUGGUCUUAGCUUUUACUUGGAAUAUCAUUUUGUUGGUGAUUAAUUGUAUUAAGAUGUAGCUUUGGACAAACAAUGAAUUUCUAGCCACAUUAGUCUAGUCAGUUAAGAACUGUUUAGGAAUAUGGAAGUUAGUGGCAGGUUUGAUAACUGAAAGCGAAAUUUUGCAUAGUUUGGUUAAUGUAUAGAUCUAUACUCUUGAAUAGUCAUUACAUAAACACUUAAGUUAACAUAGCAACCGUUCCUCAUGGCAGCUGUGAACAUCUGUGAACAUCUAAUUUUUCUCUUACAAUAAUGUGUAAUGCUCCAUUUUCACCAUUUUAAUCUGCACUGAACAUGAUGAGCAUUGUAAAUAUUACCUCAAAAGUGAUUCCAUACUGUCAACAUUUGAAAAUUUUGUUGAAUGUAAAAGUGUGUUCAUUGUCACCUGUAGUUUCAUAGUUUUGUCAUGUGACUGUCAGACGAUAGGUUGCUUACUCCGAGCUGAUUGGUCCAGAAACCAUCGUUGACCAUGUGACUGUCACAUGAUCACAUGAUAGCAGCUACGUACUGUGAGCUGAUUGACCAGAUUACAUCAUUGAUCGUGUGAUUGUCACAUAAUAGGUUGCUUACAAGAAGCCCAUUGGUUCAAAGUACAUCAUUGGUCAUGUGACUGUCACAUGAUCAUCACAUGAUAGGUUGCAUGCUAAUAGCUUAUUGGUCUAGAACUAUUGCAAUAAUGAUUAUGUCAGAAGGGCACAUCAUUAUACAUUGUACAGUGGACUAAAAUUAAUCUAAUACAAAUUGCUCAUCAAUAACUAUGAAUACGCCCUAAACCUUCUGCAUGGAAUUGUUAUGUAUUUCUGAAUUGAACAUAUGAUUGUUAGACUUAGUAGUGAAGAAUUGUUGACUUUGAGAUAUGGUGGCCAAUGCUUUAAGAACUUAACACCCAUUAUAUACAUAUAGCCUACAAGCUUUUAAGAUAUUUUAUGCUAUUUUAAAGGUUGGAUGUUUGAAAGUGCAUAUUUUGAGCAUUUUAGGAUAAUUGAAGGUUUUGUGCCAGUUUUACGUAAACUAAGAUUGGAUAUAGCUUAGUUCUAUAGACGGGAAAAUGCUUUGUUCACAAUUAAUGUAUUGUGUGAAAAUAAUACACUUAAAGCAGGUAUUUAGACGUUGAUAAAAAAAAUCUCUUCUACACAAUAUGCUAACAGGGUUGAAGAUCAUUUUGAGUGAAUGACGUUAACAGAACAUGUAAAUAUACACAUUUUGCAAUGAGGAAAAUGCAGGUAAUACCAUAUGACUUGUGUAAUCUAUUAUACAUGAUAAAACCUGCAUUCACACUGCAUAGAAAAGAAAUUUUGCAGUUUAAACUGAUUGUCCUAGUAUAUGAGAAGAGUGAAAGCUGUAUUUUUAAUAGGUGUAACGGUACAAUUGGUGUGCUUGAGUCAUCAGUUAUAAAGAGAACUAAUAUGUAAAUUUUGUAGAGUUGAAACUGAUUUUGGUAGCCAGAGCCCCGUACAUAGUGACCCUACUAAAUGUUAAUAUCAUGAAUUAUACCAAUUUUUCCUUACAAAACAAAGACUGUUGACUGUAAGUUUGAAGUUAGCGUAAGCUGUAACUGAUUAAUGAUAGGUUAUUGGUUUUGCAAGAAACUGUUUUCCGUUAUUUAUGAAUUAAGUGGAGUAAGUAGGGACAUGAGCAAGAAUACUGUAAAAUCUUGGUGCAUGGAAUUCUAUUUCUAUUCAAAAAUAGCAUAAUCCAGGUACUUAUAUAAACAGUGUUGAAUUGGAAAUUAAAGUUUCAGAAUUUUGUAAGUUUGCCAGCUUACUACAUCUAGAACAGUUGUGCUGAAAAGGAUUUUUAGAGAUAGUACAUUUUGAGAUUCAGUCACAAGUCUAGAGAAGCCCCACCUUAUUUACCUGUACAAAUCAUUGAAUCAAGCUGGAGCUUUUAUAAAAACUUCUGCACCUUUUUACAGCAUUGUAUUAUUUUGUUUGUGUGUUAGUAUAAUAAUUGAUGUUUUUAGUUUACUUGUACAAUUUUUAAAGCUAUUGGCAUUCAACAGGCAUAAACAAAUGGAGUUCAAGUUGCCAUGUUAAGUCCCAUUCACACUUGUGUGUAUAUUCAAGUCUGUUUUGAGUUUGAUAUUCACAUUUUUGGCAAAGGUAAAAUUUAGAACGUUGAUGAUAACUUUUCAAUGAAAUACUAGUAAUGUGCAUUUUUAAUAUAUACCACAUGUGGUGUUUCUAAAAAUGCUUGCCUGCAGUAGAAUCAUGGCAAACCAUCUUACGAAGCAUGUUUGUAACUUGUAAGCACUAGAACAAUGUGAAGGGGGUACUCUAGCCUUUUUUGGCAACACCUCAGGGGUGGAGGCAUCUUAAUUUUUUAACAAUGUCAUGCAUUUUUAUGUGAGUUGCUGAAGUUAUUGUUUUUCUGUUACAAUUUUUUUCUGCAUAAUUGAAGUUAUGGAAUGCAUUUUGUUUAAAAGCCAGAUCAAACUUGCCAGCCAGUCGACUUUUUUUUACAGCAGAGUUGAAAGGUGGAAGCCAUGUUGGCUCACUGAAAGGAGGCCUUGUUUCUGUAUUGUGUUCUGAAGUUUAGUUCUUUUCUUCGUGAGAGUUGUAAAGCACAUUUUGAUAACUUUUAAUGGAAUAACUGUCACCAAAAAUGACAAGUUGUUUUUAUUUGAAUGAGGCCUUUUUACAAAAAAACUUCUGCCAAAUGAAUCCGUCUAUGCUUCAAAAUUCAUGCUGUACUAAUUAACAAAACCUUGGACAGAUGCAUUUGUAGAAAAAGAUUUUAGCUCACAGACAUGUAUGAAACUUGAUACUGGUGUGUGAAAGUCUUACACAUUGAAAUUUGAAAAAGGGUAUCAUGUUACAAUAUGCUUGACUAAUGUGUAAUGAAUUUUUAUUGUAAAAAAUGAGUUUGACUUCUAAUGUAUAAAAAGCUUUUUUUUGGCAUGGCUGCUUAGUUUUGUUUAUCUAUAGCAUAACAAACAAGAGAUGGAUGGAUUUUAGCCUAGAAAUGAUUAUUUUUGUAAACAGUGUAUCUGGGAAGACUGUACAGCUCAUGUCAUUAAAUUGCAUGUAGUUGGCUACACCAAA